AUGUCAGCGGCAGAAGAAGGCACAAACCGAACAUCAGAAGGCGAGGACAACGAUGGUAGUGAGAUCAAUGCCGGCUCGUCCCGAGUACUGUCUGCAGCCACGUCCAGGGAAGAAGAUGACGAUUCCAGUAACAACGCCAGCAGCGAAAGCAAAAGCCCUGGACAGAGAACAAAGUCGAAUCAAAGAUGGAUGAAGUUGCGGACAACGGUUCAGUUGAGCUCGGCAAUACAGAAAAAACCACCGCUGAAGAGAGAAGACUCCUUCCUAAAAAGAUUCUCCACUAGGCAGACACCAGAGACACAAGAUACUGUAGAAGACACAGGGUCAGAAGGUGCCACGGGUGAGCAGAGAUCAUCCAACAGAACGAGACGGAGAAAAGUACGCGCUCCAAGAACAGUCGUCAACCCUGAUGAGAAUUUCUACUUCUACUGGCUUUGGCUCAUCACUCUCUGUGUGUUGUAUAAUCUGUGGACGUUGAUUGUCAGGCAAAGCUUCCCUGAGUUACAGGUAAGAAAUGUGAAAUUUGUUUAG